AUGAUGCAUCGAAGCAUUUUUGAUAAACUAAAAGAAGGCCCUCUCAAGGUAUCAAUAAUUGGAUGCGGAAACUGGGCUAGCGCUAUAUGCAAAAUUGUUGGGACUAAUGCAAAAAAUAAUUAUAUACUUGAUAAUGAAGUAAAAAUGUGGUGUAGAGAUGAAAAAAUAAAUAAUGAAAGCAUAGUAAAUAUUAUGAAUAAAACACAUGAAAAUAUAAAAUAUUUAAAAGGUAUAUCAUUACCACAUAAUGUUGUUGCAAAUUCAGAUUUAUCUUAUGUUAUAAAUAAUUCUGAUUUGUUAAUAUUUACUACUCCAUCACAAUAUUUAGAAGGCCUAUUAAGUUUAAUAAAAGAAAACAAAUCAAUUAAAAUAGCAAAACAUGUAAAAGCAAUAUCACUCACUAAAGGGUUUAUAUUCAAAAAUGAUAAAAUAAUUCUUUGUUCAAAUUUAAUUUCUAAUGCCUUAGAUAUUCCAUGUUGUGCCUUAUCAGGUGCAAAUAUAGCUAUGGAUAUUGCUUUGGAGCGUUUUUCUGAAGCUACAAUAGGAGGGAAAGAUAAAGAAGGAUUAUUAAUUUGGCAAAGAGUAUUUGAUAUUCCUUAUUUCAAAAUUAACUGUGUUAACGAAAGUGUCGAAGUUGAAUUAUUUGGAGCCAUAAAAAAUGUCAUAGUAAUGGCUGUAGGUUUUUGUGACGGAUUAGAAAUUUGUACAAAUUCUAAAUCUGCAAUUAUCAGAAUUGGAAUUAAUGAAACUAUUUUAUUUGGAAAAACAUUUUUUGAAAAAUUUAACGAAAAUAUAAUUUUUGAAAGUUGUGGAUUUGCAGAUAUUAUAACAUCCUUCUUAGCAGGAAGAAAUGCCAGAUGCGCUGCCGAAUUUGUAAAAAGUAAUCCCAAAAAAUCAUGGGAACAAUUGGAAGUUGAACUAUUGAAUGGCCAAAAGUUACAGGGAAUUAUCACCUUAAAAUAUGCUUAUGCUAUGAUUAAGAAGAAAGAAUUAACCGAGAAAUUCCCACUCAUUACUAUUCUUUAUCAAAUUUCUUUUGAAAAUAAAGAGCCAUCAGAAUUAAUAAAAGCAUUUAUGACGAGUACAAUUUCGCCAAUAAACUAUUAA